AUGGAUGCAUCCGAUCCAUCCGAUUAUGAUUUCUUCAAACGUUUACAAGAUAAGCUUGAUGAGGUAAUGCCAUGGAUAGGUAGGUAUAUCCUGGCAGCUUCUGCAGUCUGCACGCUUGCAAUGGCAACUGAUGCCUUGAAUGGGAUCAGGUCCAGGAAGUUGUGGUUCCCUUGUAAAUACUUCUCUCUUGAUGCCACUUCCUUAACAAUAUUAGGCGUGGCAAUGAAGCUAACGGUGGACCUUAACACUCUUUUGCUGAUGGAUUCUGAUGCGCUCGCAAGGCUCAGCAGUUUGUUUUUUAUGUCAGCAGCAAUGGCUAACUUUAUGUCAUCUUUGGGUUCCAUGAAAGAUAAAGAGAUUCUAAUGAACGUCGUCGCGCUUGGGAUUCUUGUAAUAACGAUCGUGGUUAACAUUUGGAUACAAGUUUUUCAGUUGGAAAGCUUUUAUCGCGGCAGCACUUUCGUCAACGAUCAAAUGAUUCCUACAAUUUUGAUGCUUCUUUUGCUUAUCAUGUUUGCUUCUUCGGUAAUCACACUUCCAACCAGCAAAAAGAGUUUGGAGUUAAAGUAUCAAGUGAUGCAUAAGGUGGCUAUGACGGAAGAAGGGAUGGUGAAAAGGGGGCAGGGGUUUAGAAUUGACAAACGGAUGAUUAAUGGAAUGAAGAAAUACUGGUUGAUGGCGGAGACUAGCAAUCCUCAGUUUGUGAUGGCACGUUCCAUCUUGUGCACAGGUUCAAGUGUUACUUGCUUAUUCGCUGCCCUAUUUUUCCUAUUCAAUUUCUUUCCAGAAAAUCUGUUGGAGUUUAGGGAACAAAUCAAAUCCCACUCCGUGUAUGGAGAUAACACAAAAUGGAUUCUAUUAGUUCAAAUAAUUGGAACGCUAGUGGGAACAAUUGUGUCUUUAUGCAGAUGGUUUACUGCUGUCAGAUUCAAGUGCCUAAUGACUUGUCAUAGAAUUAGCUUUAGAGAGGAACUCAAGAUUGAGGCACACUGGAUCCAAACGCUUGUAUACUGGAGAGAUAGCUUCUCGGAUUUGCAAAUUCAAGACAACAAGUGCAGGAGGUAUCUCCAUGAUGCAAAAUGGUUUGCUCUAACUUUUCUCAUUGGAGUUCAGAUAAUGAUAGUUACAGUAAGCAAGCUACUUGUCCUCAUCCCUGCCUUACUUGUAACUCCAUUUAUCUUGUUCUUCAAGAAGUUAAAGGCUCAACUUUUGUCCAGACUUACGACCCCAAAUAAUGAUAUCAGAUCUGAAUCAGGAGGUGACACAGAAUUGAACCUCAACCGUUUUGUUCUUCUACUUGAUGGUGAAGCGGAGCUACCUGAAAAGACCCUAAAAAACAUUUGUCGCCAGGCAGAUAAAGUGAUUGAAAUGGGUAAAGAACAACAACCACAGAAACUAAUGCAUCUCCUCAAUAGAUUCGGCAACUUUAGCGGGGUAAGAGAAUUUGACAGCUUUCAAGUUCCAAGUCUACAUUCUCAAGAGCCUCCAAAUUGUUGGAGCCUUCCGAUAGUGACUCUUACAAGCAUCGCUAUUUCACUUCCAAACAUUGCCAAUAAUCACAAGGCCACACAAUUAAUGAGCAACGUGAGUGAAGGGUUGUCCUUGGUCAAGCUUAUAGAGAAAACAGUCUAUGAAAACGAUGAACUCCUGAACAUCAGAAAUGCUACAGAGGUUUCGUGGGCCGGGGUUGCAUUGUACAGGAUGUGGCAGAGGAUUGAUCUCAGGAGGAUUUCUCUUACAUGCAAAAGCUCCAAGAAUGUAUUACAAGAGCUUUCUAGCAAUGCUGAAAGAACAAUGGUGGAUUUCAAGAGAACAACGAACGAUAUCCUAAUGGAUAAUCCUUUGAACUGGCCGACUAACAUUAUAGCAGCCAAUUCAAUGUAUAGGAUCUGUCAAACUAUUCUGCUCUCAUGCCAAGAGGGAAAGGAGCAAACUGAUGAUGGAUUAUUUGAGAGAUUAUCUGUCAUGAUUGCAGAUAUUCUGGCAGCUUGUUUUACAAAUUUACCUCAUGUAAUAAUAACCAAGUGCCACUCGAAUGCCAUAGAAGAACGAGAGAAGAGUGUCCACGAAGCGUUUCUCCUUCUUGGUAAAACGGGACAAAUUUUUGAACUUCUUCAACGACAAGAAUGGCCAUAUCUGAAUCAUGAUAAAGCAGCAUACAUCGAAGAGUGGCGCGCUUCAUUCUUGCAGAGUAAUGAUAGUCCUUCGACCUCAUCAACUUCAACUGAUGAAGCAGCGAAAUGUCUGUUCUUAAGUGCGGAGCAACUAAAUGUUAUGGUGGAAUGA